UGAAGCAUGUUUUUACCAAGAUCUGUUAAAGUCAAGAGGACUGCCGAUGACGACAAAAGUCAUACAGCUAAGAAAAAUAAAUUGUCUUCUGGAGGAUCUUUGCUAGAGGAGACCACCAAGUUCCAAGACUGUAAGUCAGUUAGAACAGAAGCUUCUGCUUCAAGAUGCAAUUUGAAUGAAGCUGUACAAGAACUCACAGAACCUGUAGCUGGAGAUCUUGGUGUUGCUAAUACAACUUUGGGAAAGGACAACCAAACUACUGAUGAAGAUAGCUCUUCAGAAGAACCCAUAAAAUCCUUCAGCAAAUCCCAGCGUUGGGCAGAACCUGGAGAACCUGUAUGUGUUGUGUGUGGUCGCUAUGGAGAGUAUAUCUGCGAUAAAACAGAUGAAGAUGUUUGUAGCUUGGAAUGUAAAGCCAAACACCUUCUACAAUCUCAAGAAAAGGAAAAAAAGCUAAAAUCUGAUCAACUCACAAAAGCAGAAACUCACCUGCUUGAUACACCUUAUUUCUACAGAGAUCAUUCCUUUAUUUUAGGUUUGCGAGAUGAGCAGAUUGAGAACCUUAAACUGCAGCUGGGUAUUGCUGUCCAGGGCCAGCAAGUUCCAAGACCUAUUGUAGAGUUUGAACACUGUGGUUUUCCUGAAACUUUAAACCAUAAUUUAAAGAAUUCUGGCUACGAAGUCCCAACUCCCAUCCAAAUGCAAAUGAUCCCUGUUGGACUAUUAGGGAGGGAUAUUGUGGCUAGCGCAGACACGGGCUCUGGAAAAACAGCAGCCUUCCUACUCCCUGUUAUUAUGAAGGUUUUGAAAGAGACAGAAACUCCAUCUGCCCUUAUUUUGGCACCAACAAGGGAGUUAGCAAUUCAGAUAGAGAGACAAGCUAAAGAACUGAUGGCUGGUUUACCAAACAUGAGAACAGUUCUCCUGGUAGGAGGUUUACCACUGCCACCACAGCUGCACCGUCUCAAGCAAAGUGUUAAGGUUAUAAUAGCAACACCUGGAAGACUUCUUGAGAUUUUAAAGCAAAGUUCUGUUCAACUGCAUGGCAUAAAAAUUGUAGUGGUGGAUGAAGUGGAUACCAUGUUAAAAAUGGGUUUCCAGCAGCAAGUGUUGGAUAUUUUGGAAGACAUCUCUCACGAUCAUCAAACCAUACUAGUGUCAGCCACGAUUCCAGCGGGCAUUGAACACUUAGCAAAUCAGCUUCUGCACAAUUUUGUAAGAAUAACAAUUGGAGAAAAGAAUCUGCCAUGUUCCAAUGUUCGCCAAAUUAUCUUGUGGGUAGAAGAACCAUCUAAAAAGAAAAAGCUGUUUGAAAUACUCAAUGAUAAGAAACUCUUCAAGCCUCCAGUGUUGGUAUUUGUGGACUGUAAGCUAGGAGCAGAUCUGUUGAGCGAUGCUGUUCAUAAGAUCACAGGAUUGCAAUGUACAGCCAUGCAUUCUGAAAAAUCUCAGGUGGAAAGAACAGACAUAUUACAGGGAUUACUUCAAGAGAAGUAUGAAGUUAUAGUAAGUACUGGAGUCCUUGGACGAGGGCUUGACCUCGUCAACGUCAAACUGGUAGUAAAUUUUGAUAUGCCUUCAAGUAUGGAUGAAUAUGUACAUCAGGUAAAUAAAGCGGGGAGGUUAGGUCACAGUGAAACUGCAAUUACUUUUAUCAAUAACAACAGCAAGAAGCUCUUUUGGGAUGUCGUAAAGAGAGUGAAGCCGACGGGCACCAUUCUUCCCCCACAGCUGCUUAAUUCCCCAUAUCUUCAUGACCAAAAGAGAAGGGAACAACAGAGACUUAAACAAUUACAGAAUAGUCUUGUAACAGGAGAUAAUAUUAUGGACAUUAUUAGAAAACACGACAAAAAUAAUUCUCAGAGGUAAUAAAGAUAUAUUUAUGGCUAUGUAAUUAUAAUGAAAGUGUGAUUAAAAAUAAACAUGGAAUUACGA